AUGGACAAGGACGUUUCUUCACGACUGGCUGAACUUGCUCUCCCGAGUGGUGCUAGAACCAAGUCAAAUGUGUACUACAAGAAUGCAAUUGCCGCCGUGCCUGAGCUUCUAUUACGCAAGCCUGACUUAAUGGCUGUUCAGGCACUGAUGGGAAUCAACCUAUUAUCUAUCGCAAUCAGCUCAUGUGCCCAAUUUGAAAUCCAUAGGUCUUGCUCAACACCACGAUCUACAUGCAGAGAACAAGAGCAACCAAUCUUGAUCUUAUCUCUUGGUUACAUGAUGGAAGAGCUAUACCGUCCAUGGCAAGGCCUGCCACCCAGCAAUGCCUCAGCUGAUUUCGGCGCGGACAGCCCCCAUCCAGACUGGGUGUACGAGUCGAUCGCUCAGAAUGCCGGUUUUUCUGACAUGGAUCUCUUUACUUGGUUUCGUCGCCUGAGCGUUAUCCGACAUAAGAUAUAUACGUCUCUCUACAGGACAAAGGACUCGCAGGCGCUCCCGCAUGGACAGUCUUCAAUCAUUCAGGCAUUGCAACUAGAGCUAACGAGUUUUCAACGGACCUUACCUGUUGACCCUGGCCAUGCUGUAGAAUUUAUCACCAAACUACCAGGCCAUCUCAAGUCUCCCUUUGUGUCACUCCUCUGCGCGUAUCACAAUACCGUUAUCUUAUUGCAUCAGACACAGAUCUUCUUCCGGGCCCCGAAGAUCCCAACUCCAUCCCGAGCUACAGAGCUCUCUCAGAAGGCAUGUGUAGAUGCUGCCCGCCAGACGGCAUUUCUAUUGAAUGCCCUUCCUCCUUGGUGGUGGCCACUCGUAACGCUCUACAUAUUUGCUGCAUUCAACAUCCUGUUCGCGAUUAAUGGAAGCAAUGAUCUCCCGCCUUUCUACAUGUGCAACCGGAAAUGGCCUCUCAGAAAGCCCGAGCUUAGCCGAAAUGAAAUUAACGGUUAUCAAGGUUAG